AUGUCCAGAACUCCAUUGCACGUGGAUAGUUACGAGGGAAAUGGUAAGCAAAAAAAAACAAAGACAAACACAGCGUUCUCGCCAUUUUUGCAAUUGAAAUCCAAAUCUUGGCAUGACGGCGCCAACCGCGACGCGUGUGAUUUCUAUUAUCGCGGCCCUAAUAUUUUUUUCAGAGUUGCCACGGGCCGGGCCGGGCCGAAAUUUUCAAAACUCCGGCCCGGUUCAAAAAGCGGGAAUCCAAAUUUUGAACUAUUGAUUAAAUAAAAUGUUUGUUUUUCGUAGAACUAACGAAUUUUGCAAGUAUCGAACAUAAAAAAGAAAUGUCACUGUCUCGGAAUUAGAUUUUCCAUCCAAUGCUGGAGUGAAUCCAAGAGGGACUAGUUGCAGAGAGAAGUUUUCGUCGAUGAAGCUCCCGAAAAUGCUCAAAUAACUUUUUUUUAAAUUUUGAUCCCCGCAAAAAAAAAACGAAAAAAUAGAUUUCCCCCAAAAAUCUGAAUUCGCGCCUUUUUGAGCCGGGCCGGCACUUCUCCGGUCCGUAAUUUGGCAAGUCUGAUUUUUUUAUGGGGUUAUUCAGGCUGUGAAAAAAAAAUGAUUUUUUUCUGUUUUUUUUUCGUUUUUUUUACGUCAAAAAACCCAAUUCAGCGGGUUAAAAAACCAAAAAAAAAACGGAAAACAAACAUACGCUGAAUAGCCCCAUUAACUCUGCAGACACUGUCGGCUCGGAAAUCGCGCGAUUCGUGGUGCUUUACGGAAAAGCGUCGACGCGAAAGCACAAAAUCUGGGAAGGCGACGGUAUUCUCGUGUGUUGCGCCGAUUCGGCCGUCCUAAAAUCGGAGGACGAGCGCGACGUCAUCUGCAGGUAACGGUGGCAAAGCCGCAAAAAAUUGAAAAAAACUCGCAUUUUCAGAUCUUCGGCGCUCAAAAAUCUGGAUCAGCUGGAAGAUGGACGUGUCGUGAACAUCGGCUCGUGGAGCGUGGAGAUUCAGGAGAGAAUUGCCACGAAAAAGCCGGUUUUACAAGCUCCGCUGCGACCUUCUGGAAAUUCGUUCAAUUCUCCCUUCCGAUCGGCAUCGAAAAUUGCCGAAAAAUCCCCGGAAUUUUCGAGUAUUCCAAAAGAAAGCCUUAAAAAUUCUGAAAAUGCGUCUCUAAAACGAGUCCUUCCGCUUCCGAUUUCAACGCCUUCUUCCCAAAUAUUAUCGAUGCCGAAAAGGGCGACCUUUGUGCCGCCCCUCCUCUCCGCCACGUCAUCAUCAGAAGUUCAGGAGAAGCUCGAGCCGUUCGUGCUUAACGAAUCGGACAUUUUGGCACGGAAAACUGCGCACGCAGUUAUUGUCGAUCAACGAUUUGCGCGGCAUUUACGCGACCAUCAGAAGCACGGGAUUCAGUUCAUUUUCGAUCGGUUAAAGGUGCUGUCGUAAACAAUGACAAUUUUGUUGACGAAGAACUGAAUUUUAUGCGUUUUUUUUUGUCGAAAAUCAAGCAAUUUUUUCGGAUUUUCGCAAGCAAACAAACUAUUGCCGUGUUUUUGCUCCACACAUUAGAUUGUUCAGAACGAGACGGGCGGAGCGAUUCUGGCCGACGAUAUGGGGCUCGGAAAGAGUAUUCAGACGAUGGCCGCCACGUGGGCACUUCUCAAAGGUUGGAUUUUCAGGAAACGCGCUCUACUGCACUUUUUCGAACUGUUUACAAUUAUAACUACACUUUUCUUCGCAUUUUGUUGAAGUUUCACUAUUUUCUACAAGAAUGUGAAAAUGUUUGUUUUUACUGACUAAUCAAACAUCGGAAAAGGAGCUAGAGUAAAGUAGUUUUCAGGCGCGAAAUCCGGUGCCAACCUGGCCGCCACGUGUCUCAUCGUGGUUCCCUCGUCGUUGGUGAACAAUUGGAAGGCGGAAUUCGACAAGUGGUGGCGACUGAUGAGAUUCCCCGCAGUGUUGGCCCAAACCGCCCGUGACAUUCACGGAUAUCGGGCGAGCGUCAAGACGAUGCCCUACUUGGUGAUCAGUUACGACAUGGCACAGAGACACGUGGAGAAGCUGAAGGAGUGCCGAUUCGAUGUGAUCGUGUGCGAUGAGGGACACAAGUUGAAGAAUGUGGACGGGAAGUUGAGGAAGGCGGUGAGUUGGACAGGGACCGAACGGGGAACAUUUAAAUGACUGACACAAUCAAACAGUUAAAGCUAAGUAUCUCAGCUGCCUGUUGGGAUAUCAAAAAGUUGACAACUGAUAAAAUAUUCAUGAGAAAAUCCUGUACAUUUUAUCAGUUGACAACUUUUCGAUAUCUCCACCGGCUGAUGAGAUAUAUCGUUUUGAAUGAAUGCUAUUGCAAGUUCGUUUUGCAGUUGGAUUCCCUCGAAAUUCCGCGUCGGUUGAUCCUAACCGGAACUCCGAUGCAAAACGAUUUCGACGAAUUCUACUCGCUGCUCGAUUUUGUGCGUCCGAAUCAGUUUGGAACUCUAGCGCAAUUCCGUAAAAUGUGCUCGGAAGAUCCGGAAGAGCUGAACGAACGCAUCGACGAGUGCAUGUUGAGGAGGACGGCCGCCGAUGUGAACAUGCGACAUUUACCCGAGAAGCGUAAGGGGUUGAUUGGGGACCAAUGCGACACAAUAUCACAAACUCUUCUCAUUUCCAGACGAGUACAUCCUCUUCUGCAAAGCCUCCGCAAUCCAGAAGCAGAUACACUCGGAAAUCUGCGAUUACAUGACCGGCGACCCACUUUCGCUCAUCUUCUUCGCCCGCCAACUCGCCAAUCAUCCAAAGUUGCUCUACGACAACCUGCGCGAGAAACACGAAAAGUCGAACCAGAAGCACUCGGCGCUUCUGCUGGCCUUCGACGGCGCCACAAUGCCACGUGGCGGCGUGAAAGAGUCGGGAAAGCUGACCGCCCUCGUGGACAUGCUCAAAUGCUUCCGAAUGCUCGGCGAGUGCGCCGUCGUCGUCUCCAACUACAUCGAGACGUUGGACAUGAUUGAGCAGCUGUGCAAGUACCUGGAGUUCCACGUGUUCCGUCUCGACGGAAAGACCCAAGUGCAGGAGCGUCAGAAGUCGGUCCGACACUUCAACGAUCAGCACGACGCGUCGAACGUCUUCCUGCUGAGCACAAAAGCCGGCGGCGUCGGCCUGAAUCUCAUCGGCGCGUCGCGCUUGAUCCUCUUCGAUUCGGACUGGAACCCGGCGAACGAUCGGCAGGCGAUGGCGCGGAUUUGGAGGGACGGACAGGUACGCCCGUGCCACAUCUAUCGACUGAUCACGACCGGAACGAUUGAGGAGAAGAUGCUGCAGAGGCAGAUCAAGAAGACCGGACUGGGAUGUGUCAUUGAUGCGAUCGAAGUUGGAGGUAUCGUCGGAUUUUUCGUGUAGAUUUACAGAGCCACCUGAGCAGCUCCGAGCUUUUCUUUAGCCUAACAUAAGAACUCAGGUUUGUGGCCUAAAACUUCAAAUCUAAAGUUUGGGUCUUAAAGCUCGGAGCCCGUAGAUAGAUUUACGGCAUUUUACAAGUUUUUUUUACCAGAUUCCGUGUCCACGUUCACCGACGAAGAGCUCAAAGACAUUUUCACGUUCAUCGGCGACACCGAGUGCAACACGCAUGAUUUGUGCGAAUGUCCGUGUGAUGGAUGCGGAAUGCUCGAGAAUGAAAUGGAAAAUGAGGAGGAAGAGGGAGAAGAAGAAGUGAAGAAAAUAAGUGAUAGUGACGACGAUGAAGAUGUGGACGACGAGCAAAUUGAAGCGGAUCAGACUGUUGAGGAGGGAAAGUUAGAGAGAGAAGAAGAAGAAGAGGAAAAGGAAGAUGAAAUUGUGGAGGAUAGUGCCGAGGAAAAGCAAGAGUCGCCACAGGAUGGUGUAGAGAAAAUCGAUGGAAAAGAGGAAAAUAAGGAAGAGGUAUAUAUAUGCCAAGAUUUUCAAUCUGAUUGAAUUAUCUAGCUAAGUGAACGUAUCAUCAAGAUUCCCUGUACUUUCAGAAAGUUGAGAAACAGCAGAGAAGUGGAUAAACAUCGAAACACGAAACUUUUUCAGCGCACUUCUGCCUCGCUGGCCGAACUCUCCCGAUGGCGUCACUUUUCUCCGCGCUACCCGGACACGUGGCACCACUUAAUGACGACCGCCGGGCUGUCCCAAAUGGAAACCGACGUUCAUCUCACUUUCGCCUUCUAUCAGCAAUCUCAAUAUUGA